AUUCUAUAUACAGUAUCUUUAAUAUUUCUAAUGCUAUAUUUAAUGUGUCAAAUGAGUCGGUCAUUGAAAAGUAUGGUGUAGCAGCUGUAUUCAGGUCACUGUCAAUAGUAAUGAUAGAGAAUAUUACAUUUAAUGUCGACUGCAUCAUGUAUAAAUCAGCUACUCGCAAAAAAGUUUCGGGAGCAUAUUUUUUAAUCAAGAAAGGAGCUGUUGAAUUUGAGAUAUCUAUAAAACGCUUAAAGUUUUGUGGGCGAAAUUCAACAUGCAUGAUAAAAAACCAGAAUAAAACUGAAAGUUUUUUUAAUGUCGUAUUGGAAAUCAAAGCUCCGUAUUUCACAACAAUCAUUACAAAAAGUAGAUUUCAAUUUGACAACCUUGAUCUUAUAUUUUCUUCGAUGUACCGUAAUAAUAGCGGUUAUUCAUUUAAUGUGAACAUGGAGUAUCCAAAUAUGGUUUCUAGUUCAGUAGGCACUACUUUCACAAUUAGUCUCCCAUCCAAUAAAUCGGAAUAUUAUUAUUCAAUUGUUGCAAAUGAGAAUGAAAAUAUGGCGCCGGAUAUAGAUACAUUAUUUAAUAACGUUUCUGUACAAGUUCGAAAACAAUCCGGAUUAACGUCCGUCUUACGAACGGACAAAAACAAUAAAAGAGGAAAAGUGUUAGACAUAAAAAUUUAUUCUGUUGAAGAAGUUGACAGUUUAGGAAAUAAGAUUGAAGAAAAAGGACAUUUUAUUAGAAAUUUUUCAAAUCAGUUUUUCAAUAUUUCUCAAGUCUCAAAUGCCUUGAAAUAUGGUUUAUUUGCUACUGUAUUUAAUUUCACUUUGUUUUUUGGAAAUGCAUCAAUAUCUAUGGAGUUUAUCAUUUUCAACUCCUCUGGAAACAUUCUUGUAGAAUCGGGAGAAACGUAUCACAUAGUUCCAGGUACAAUGAAGUUCAACAUUGUUAUAAGAGAUUGGAUUUUUUGCGGAACGCAGAAAGCAGCGUGCAAAACGGGAACUAUUGGGAGUUAUCUUGACUUGCAGCUGGAAAUGAAAGGAGCGGCAUCUAAAACAAGGAAAACAAAAGAAACAAAAUUAUCCAAUAAAGUUAAAGUACAAAAGUCUCUUAAAAGCAAAUAUCUUCCAAUAUCGUUCGAUAUAGAUCAGUCAACAGCUACUUUCUCUAGCAUGGCUUACAUUAACGGUAAUUGGACUGAUAUGCCAGUUGGAUUUCCUCGUUACAAUAAUAUAAAUAACAAUAGUUUAUUCAUCAUGCGCUUUCCUUUGUCUAAAUCUGAAAUUAUUUACGAUCCGGUAAUUGAAGUGCUACCUGAUGGUACUAAUUCAUCAGCACAAUUAACUUUUAUUCCCUCGACUUUUUUUGUAAUAUUUUUUUCACUUGCCUCUGUAUACGUUAUCAAAGUUUAGAUUAAACCAAAAAUCUUUGAAAGUAAAAAAGAGUUGUAAUGUCACUUUAUCAAGCAACCAACAAUUUAUGUCGUCAACCAAUAAUUUAUUAUUUAACAACAGCAACUUAUUGUAAUAUCAUAAAGAUUUAUUAUUAGUAUUUAUUCUAU